AUGUUCAUGCUGCUAUUCCUCCACACCUUCCUAGACCAAUCUUCUUUAACCUCUGUCAUUGAGCCUCUUACUUUCUCUUUCCCCUCCUUCGAUCCUAGCAGUUGCACCAAUGGCAGCCUAAUCUGCAUGGGCUCGGUGACUGGAGGCAAUGGAUACCUAAGCCUGACACCAGAGCCGAAGAGCAAUUCAUCUGUCUCAGGUUCUGUACUAGAGCAAGUUGGUCGGGUUCUAUUCCACCAUCCUGUGCUCGCCUGGCCAGCCUCCAUCUCUACCACCUUCACCGUCAGGAUUUCUCCCUUCCCAAAUUAUAAUGUCUCUGGAGAUGGAAUGGCUUUCGUUAUUGCACAAGAUAACAGUAGUUCUCCACCUUCUAGCGUCGGAUCAUAUCUUGGCAUCAUGGAUCCAUCAACUCAAGGUGGCAUAGUGCGGCAGUUAGCUGUGGAGCUGGAUACUUACAAGAAUGAAUGGGAUCCAGAUGAAAACCAUAUUGGCAUUGAUACAAUAAGCAUAAUUACACCAGUUGCAGCUAAAAGUCUUAACAGUACUGGCAUUGACCUUAAAAGUGGAAGAGAAAUUAAGGUCAAAAUCGAUUACCACGGAUGGAAAAAGAGGCUCGAAGUAUCUAUAGCAUACUCUGGGGACAAGCUAGUGAGCGUACUUAACCAAUCUAUUGAGAUGGCAGACGUGGUUCCAAGCUCUGUCUUCAUCGGCUUCACAGCCGCAACUGGCAAAGUCCCAGAGAGCCAUCAGGUCCUUGAUUGGACUUUCACAACAAUUCCAUUGCCAUAUCUCAACAGUCAUGUCUCCAAAGACGAAAAGAUUAAAAAUGUUUUGCUGAUUGUUAUUCCUAUCAUCAUGGGAUUGGUGAUUGUGGCAAUAUGCUUUCUUCCAUCAUUUCAAAAGGUUCUAAGGACGAAAAAGGAGACAGUCAAGAAGAAAGUAGAUAUAGAAAUUCGAUCAAGGACUGCAGCAAACGUACCUAAAAUGUUUACCCGCAAGCUGCUUGCCAAGGCUACUCAUAACUUCAGCAAGGAGAAUCUGUUGGGUACUGGUGGGUUUGGAAGUGUUUACAAAGGCACCUUACAGAAUCCCCCUACAACUGUAGCUGUCAAAAAGAUUUCAGCAACCUCGAAACAAGGAGAAAAGGAGUACUUUGCAGAAAUCUGUACCAUUGGGCGCCUAAGGCACAAAAACAUAGUGCAACUUCAAGGGUGGUGCCACGAAGGUGAACAUCUCCUCUUAGUCUACGAAUAUAUGCCCAAUGGUAGCCUUGACCGCUACAUUGGCAAGCGCUCGCUCGAUUGGGAGACUAGAUUCAAGAUUUUAACAGGGUUGGCAUCAGCAUUACUUUAUCUCCAUGAAGACAGUGGUAACCCUGUAGUCCACCGAGAUGUCAAACCCAACAAUGUUAUGUUGGACGAGGAUUUUAAUGCUCAUCUAGGUGAUUUUGGGCUAGCAAGAUUGCUCCAGAACGAUGCCUCAGUGACGACCAUGUUAGCAGGAACCCCAGGAUAUUUGGCCCCAGAAGUAGGCUUCACCGGAAAGUCAACACCAGAAUCUGAUGUUUACAGCUUCGGCAUGGUAGUAAUCGAAGUCGUUUGCGGAAGAAGAUCAAAGGGUAUCAUGGAAGAAAACAGCUUAGUGGAUUACGUGUGGAAUUCAUAUGGACAAAAUGAACUGCUAGAGUGUGUGGACCGACGUCUGGAAGGACAAUUUGAUGAAGAACAGGUGAAAAGAACAUUAACAGUUGGUCUUGCCUGCCUGCACCCUGAUUCUACACAACGUCCUAAGAUUAGAAAAGUUGUCCAAAUUUUCUUGAACUCUGAUGAACCAUUGAUGGACUUGCCAGAAUCACGCCCCAGCGCAGUUUAUGUAUCAGUUUCUUCAUCUGCUUCCACCACCACAACUGGUAUUGGGUCCAAGAGUGGGCUGGAGUUGCUUUCAGUCGAGUCAUCACCAGAAUCUUAUCAGACAAAUGAGAUAGUUCUCCAAUUCGAUCACUGAUCAUACAUGCACAAGUUUCUAUAGAACUAUUCAU